UGUCGCGGUCUCUGCCAAGCUCGCACCUCUCUUCACUGGAGAUUGAUCAUCAUCUAGUCCUAUAGAAGCAAGAAGAAAGCAGCACAGCAUAACGAGCCCUUGUCCACCAUGGUGAAGAGACGAGAAGUAAGCCGCUCCAAGUCCUUAUCCGCCAAACGACCGUCGAAGGAUGGAGACUUGCGGGCGAAACCAAGGACGAGAAGUGGAAGGACUGGGCGACUUAGCAGCAAGAAUGCUACCGUUGCUUCCGACGAUGUCGACAAGAACGAUCUCACAGAUAUUGAGAUCGAGGCAGCAAUGCCUGCCACUCGAUCCAGCUUGAACGUAUCAAAGACAAACCAAAAUGUGUCAAUCUUCAAGAGAACACUCAGUGCCGAUGCCUGGGGAUCUAUGCAGCAACAACCAAGAGAAGAGGAGAAACCAACCAAGAAUGCUUCCUGGUUGUCGCCUAAACGAUCCUCCCGAUUAGAACGUGCCUUGUCGUUUCGAGCUUUUAGUAACAAGCUUGUGGGUAGCAACAAGUCGCUAGUUAUGGAAGGCAUCGGCGGUGGCGGUCAUGAUUCCUUCAACUUCUCGGUGGAUAUGCUUUCGGAUUCGGACAAAGACAGCAACGGCAACAAUAAGGGCAAGGGCGUGAAGACUGCUGGUACUUCGGCUCCCCGGGUCAGUCUCUACACUUCGUCUCCUAGCCAGCGAGGUCUGAUAGCAGAUCCCCUGGCUCCUCGUCAAGGGCUUUAUACGUCGUCUCGCAGCCAAAAAGCGGAGUUCAAACAUGUGCGAGAAAAGAGUCAAAUAGAGACCCUCGGGCACUCGCUUACAUCAGACGAGCUCAGCUAUUCCUCCUCGCUCAUACCCAAUCCAGGUCGACAUAUCAUGAUUGCUAGUCUGUUGGCGUUCAAAUCGAGCGAAGACCUCGGUGAAUAG